CGUACCUGAUGACUACAUCGGUCGCAGAAAUCUAGAACACGUUGAGGCCUUACAAGAGAACCCGGUCGAUCCAGAUCAGGUCAUCAUUGGCUAUGGACGUGGCCUCAUGGUCAUCUGGGAUUUGGAGAAAAAACUUGCCAUCCAGCACAUUCCUGCCACACAGCAACUGGAGAGUGUGUGUUGGACUGAGGACGGAAAGUACAUUCUGAGUUCACACAGCGAUGGAAGCUAUUGUCGAUGGAUGGUGGGGGGGCAGGACACGAACGAGGAAGAGAAAUCAGACAUUCCUUAUGGACAUUUUCCCUGCAAGGCCAUUUCUAAAAUAGUUCAGCUCCCUACAGAAGAAGGGCCUCCAUUCCUGCUGUUCAGUGGUGGUAUGCCCAGGGCCAGUUAUGGGGACAGACACUGUAUUACAGUGAUCCAUGGUAAAAAACACGUGGCCUUGGACUUUACCUCCAGGAUCAUCGACUUCUUCGUCAUUAGAGAUGGACCGGAGCACACAGGAGAGCCCAGUGCCCUGGUUGUCCUGGUGGAGGAGGAGCUGAUAGUUAUUGACUUGCAGACUGAGGGCUGGCCCAUCAUACAGACUCCUUACUUGGUCCCCCUUCAUAGUUCAGCCAUAACAUGCUCACAUCAUGUCUCCACCAUUCCCCUCAAACUGUGGGAGAGGAUCUUCGCUGCUGGAAAGCAUCAGAAUGCACACUACUCAAAAAAGCCGUGGCCAGUAACAGGAGGUCAGAACCUGGCCCCAGAUCCUCCACAGAGAGAUCUGCUCCUCACGGGGCAUGAGGAUGGCACAGUUCGUUUCUGGGAUGCAUCAGGAGUCUGUCUCUAUCCCAUGUACAAGCUGAGCACAGCUGGAGUAUUCCACACAGAUGCUGACCCCAAUGACAACAUGAACCAAGUGACUGAAGGAGAAUGGCCUCCAUUUAGAAAGGUUGGCUGUUUUGACCCCUACAGUGAUGACCCAAGGCUCGGCAUCCAGAAGAUCCAUCUCUGCAAAUAUAGUGGUUAUCUGACUGUAGCUGGCACUGCGGGACAGAUCCUAAUGUUGGAGUUGAAUGACGAGGCAGCAGAGCAAACCGUGGAGGCUAAAGUUGUGGAUUUGCUGCAAGGCCAAGAAGGAUUUCGAUGGAAGGGCCACACUCAGCUGGAUAUCCAGGAAGACCCAGUGAUGUUUCCUGCAGGCUUCCAGCCCUUUGCUGUUGUCCAGUGCCAGCCCCCAGCUGUGGUCACUGCUCUCACACUGCACUCAGAGUGGAAGCUGAUAGCCUUUGGCACCAGUCAUGGGUUUGGGUUAUAUGACUACCAACAGAAGAACAGUGUCCUGAUCAAGUGCACACUAAACCCCAGCGAUCAGCUGGCCAUGGAGGGUCCUCUGUCCAGAGUGAAGAGCAUAAAGAAAUCCCUGCGACAAUCCUUUAGACGAAUCAGACGUAGCAGAGUCUCUCUAAGAAAACAACAUGUUAACACUGCUACUAAGCUCCAAGAGGCAAAUGCUCGUCUGGAGGCUGAAUUGGCAGAGAUGGAGCUGGCUCCCGUCCAGAGGAAAAUUGAAGCUCGCUCUUCAGACGACUCUUUCACUGGCCUAGUACGGACGCUCUACUUUGCUGACACCUUCCUCUCUGACAGUUCACAUAACACACCCUCCCUAUGGGCAGGGACCAAUGGUGGCUGUGUGUUUGCCUACAUGCUUCGCCUUCCUUCUGUCGAGCAUAGAGCAGAUGAGCCUGUCACAGCUCAACUAUCCAAGGAGAUUCAGCUGAUGCACCGCGCUCCUGUUGUUGGUAUUGUGGUGUUAGAUGGACAUGGGGCUCCUCUCCCUGAGCCCCUGGAGGUGGCUCACGAUUUGGCUCGCGCACCUGAUAUGCAGGGCUCACACCACCUCCUGGUCGUGUCUGAGGAACAGUUUAAGGUUUUCACGCUGCCAAAAGUUAGUGCUAAGAUGAAAUUAAAGCUGACUGCUGUUGAUGGCUCUCGAGUGCGAAGGGUAGGCAUGGCCUGGUUUGGCAGCAGUCGGACAGAGGACUAUGGUGAAAGCGGCUUGUUGGUCCUGACUAAUCAGGGCGAUGUUCACGUGGUGUCACUGCCACACGUCAAGAUGCAGGUACAUUACCCCUGCAUCCGCCGAGAGGACGUCAGUGGAAUCGCUUCUUGUGUUUUCACCAAGCACGGCCAAGGCUUCUACCUGAUCUCCCCGUCUGAGUUUGAAAGAUUCUCUUUGUCGACCCGCUGUGUUGUGGAGCCUCGUUGUCUGGUGGAGGCUCCACUUCAUUCUGGCUGCUCCAACCAACACCAGUCACAGCCAGAUGGAGCUUCAUCUACUCAUAGAGCCAAACAUGAUGGUGAGGAUGCAGAAAAUGCAGCUAAACAUGUUAUGGAGCAUGCUUUGCUGAAUGAUGAGAAAGUACUUCAGGAGAUCCAGAAGUCACUAGAAGGAGAUCAAAUGUCAUUCCUGGAGAAUAAUGUGAAAAGUGCUGUUGCGUGAGGAGCCUAUCUCAACAGCUGAGAGAACCGACAUGUUGAUAUGUCUAAAGUGGACCUAAGCAACAGGUCUUGCCUCCAUUUUAGCUGACACUACUGACACCUGACCCCUCUCCUCAAAGACUUACCCAUCCCGCCAUUUACUGAUGCUGCGCUCACACUGGCCCCUUCAUAGAGACACCAAUAGGCUCUUGUCAGAAGGGCUUUCUGAACAUCUAGGGCUUUGGCUCAGUAAUGGUGCAAAGAAUGUGAAGGAAGUGACACCACAUGUGCCUAAGGACCAUACACUGCUGCCAUAGCAUGGCCACACCCAUUUAAACCCAAAGCUGGAUGAGGCACAUUACUGGCGUGUGACCGGAUCCCUUCAAAUCAGCCUUCUACAUCUGACAUGGAAGCUACUGAGCUGUUUUGUUUGGUAUAAAACUGUUUGUUUAAAUUCACUUGAUGUUCUAAUGGCCUUUAUCACUACCAGCAUCACCAUCUAGUCACUGUACUCUGCUGUAUAUCUUACUGGCCUUCAUCUCCUCAUAGAGACAUGAAGAAGAAAUUUGGGGGAUGAUUUUAAAUAACAUUGAUAAAUAUUUUGUGUAGUUUAGAUUUGUGAUUAGUUGUAGGUAAGCCCAUUUCUACCUGCAAAAACAUGUUGUGUCCAAAAUUAUAAAAUGUUAAAUUAACAAGUUGCUGUAAAAAAAACAAAAAACAAAAACUUGACAAAUUCUUGAGACACUGAAACGCAGAGGAAACGCGCAUUUCAGUCUGAAUUAGGUGAUACUAUUUUAAUUCGUUUGGGGUUCUUUGUUGGUUUUGUUUGUUUAUACAACAUUGAUGUAACACAAAUCAUGCGUUUUCACUUCAUGCAUAGUCUUUAUAUUUUUUCAUGUCUUAACUUUUUAAAUUUAUAUCGACAAAGUUGGCAUGAUUUUAACUUUUAGUUUUUUUUCUUCUUAUGUUAAUGAGCCUCCAUGCUAUUCAGAAAAUCAGUGGAACAUGUUCAGUAAUGCCUGAGAUGAUUGGUGUGUGCGUGCGUGCGUGUGUGUGUGUGCGCGUGCGUGCGUGCGUGCGUGCGUGCGUGUGUUAUUUUGACUUAUCAUUUAAUUAGCAUUACACAUUCUUUACACCACGCAUAGGUACUGAUGCACUACUGCAAUUUUUGUGCAUGUUCUGAUUUUAAUAUUUUGCUUUUGCAGGUAAUAAAUACUGUAAUUUAGGAAUGUAAUUAUAAACUAUUGUGCUGAAAUAUUUUUAAUAUAUAAAUGACUCUUUACCUGUGGAUCUGUUGUAACUGGGGUUGGCUGCUAUUUAGAUCACACAAGGAAAUAUUUUGGUACUAUCUCUCACAAUGCUGGGUGUUUUAGCAUCAGUCUAGAAUCUAUUUUUGUAGUGAAAGAACCCUAAUUUUUUUUUAAUAACUUUACACUACAGUUUUCUAGGAUAAAAUUGUUUUUUCAAAGAA